AUGGCCUCCGUCAUCAACUUUAAGAAAAGUUUUAACUUCGAUUGUGUGAAAACCUUAGAAAGUCUCGACUUUGGAGAAAACACAGAAGAUACGGAGGAACCGACCCAGAGUGAGGAGACGGACUUUAGGUGUGAAGACGUCCAGCAGCUGAUGGAGACUAAAGAGGAGGAGAACUGGAGUCAGGACCUGGAGGACCAAAAACCUCCACAGAUUAAAGAGGAGCAGGAGGAGAAUGAGAUCACUCAGACAACAUUCAGUCCUGUUCCCAUGAAGAGUGAAGAAGAUGAUGAGAAGCCUCAGUUCUCAGAGCUUCAUCACAACCAAAAUGAGAAAAACAGACACUCUGUGAAACCAGAUGAAUGUUUGAAGUCUGACGACAAAGACAGAGAUUCCUCAGAGACGGACAUAAGUGAUGGAAACUGGGAGGAGAGCGGUGAAGCUCAGUCAGGUUUGGGGUCUGGGCCAAAUAAAACGCUUGGUGCUUCUGGAAAGAUUAAAGAUGAUGAAAAUCACAGUCAAACUGUGAAGAACAGAAACUCUGUAGAACCCAAUGAAUGUUCAAAAUCAGAUGUUGAAGAUGAAACUUCUGAUUCUUCUUCAGAGUCUUCAGAGACGGACGUCAGUGAUGGAAACUGGGAAGAGAGCAGUGAAGCCCAGUCAGGUUUAAACUCCACUACCAAUAGGGAGUCCUGUGGACGUUUCAGCUGCUCUGAAUGUAGUAAAACCUUCACUCGGAGACAGUAUUUAUCAGAACACCAGAGAAUCCACACAGGAGUGAAACCCUUCAGCUGCUCCGUCUGCAGCAGAGCUUUUAGAUGGAAAAAUGGGUUAGUGCGACACAUGAAAUCCCACAGUGGAGAAAAACCUUUUAGCUGCUCAGACUGUGACAAAACUUUUUCUUCUAAGAAGAAUUUGAUGGAACACACCAAGGUUCACUCAGGGGAAAAACCUUACACCUGCUCUGUCUGUAAUGCAUCUUUUAAGAGAUCACACACCUUAAAGGAACACAAAACAACCCACACUGGAGAGAAACCUUACAAAUGCUCAAUCUGCAACCAAAGCUUCAGGUACCGGUCCUACCUAAUCGUUCACGUGAGAAAUCACAAAGAAGAAAAACCGUUCAGCUGUUCCACCUGUAAAGCAACAUUCAAACGGAAACUCACUUUAGAGGAACACAUCAGAACCCACACUGGAGAGAAACCUUACAGCUGCUCGCUGUGCAGUAACAGCUAUGUCCGCUAUAUAAGCCUGUCUCGCCACAUGAGGUGUCACACAGGAGAGAAACCAUACAGCUGCUCCACCUGUCAGGCCACGUUCAGGUGGAGACAAGCGUUCGUGGCCCACACAAAGAUCCAUCCAGUGAUUUAACCUUUUACCUGCUCAGGGCGUUUUGGCCCAUCUGAGCCUCCCAAAACACAAUCAGGGCUCUUUAAUCUGUUGAAAUAUUGUAUUUUUAUUGUUGGGGCAUUUGAUAGUCAUGUGUGCGGUGCCGAUAAGCCAAUGGCAACUUACCUUUUAAACCAUGAUGAUGUUGAUACUAGUUGAGUGGUUUAUUGAUCAUGAGCCUGUUUUAUUUUACGUUUUUCUUCUAUCAAAGUUGACAUUGCUGUUGUUCAAAGUUGCUUAUUUAACUCUUUCACUUCUCUGUCGAUUUUAAUUGGAGCUAGAAGCUCACAGAAGAGUUUAAGUUAUGGUUUUACUUAAUUUUCCAAACUGUUUUGGACUCCAUGGACCUUCUUUAAGAUUCAGCAAACAUUAUCCACCUUUCCACCAUUUUUUGUCUACCUCAAAACACAGAAAUGUAACAAUUUUACCUUAUUGUUAAGGUAAAAACAUAAAAAUGUUUGUACCUUAACAAUAAGGUAAAAACAAUAUCAUGUUGGCUGCAUAAAAAUGGGCCAACAUGAGUCAAUUAAAUAGAAAAUUUAACUCAGCAACUUGUACGAUUAUUUAUUUUUUUAAACAAAAAUGUAUGUUUUUUCUCUAUAGGUCAGUUCAACAGAAACUUACUUCUGUUAUUUAAAGUAUUAAGUGGCAGAUGAGAGAAUAAAAUCCUAAUAGUAACAGGGAUGGCAGGCUAAACUCGUUCAUUUAGUCCAAAAACUGAGGAGGAAAAGACUCAAAAACUGCAGCUGAGUAACUAGAAUUUAGCUUCUAUGCACCGCAGAUCUGGAACAAACUUCCAGAAAACUAUGAAGCAGCCGAAACACUGCAUUCCUUUAAAUCAAGAUUAAAACAGAGUGAUGGAUUAUUCUAACGAUGGCACUUGAAAAAAUGUUAUGUCUGUUUUUUGGUUUUCAAAACUGUUGGCUGUAUGAUGUGUUUAUUAUGUUUUUAUGACUGAACUGCUGUGCUGCUGCAAUGCGCUCCGCAAAUAAACUUGAUUGAUUAAGGUAUGAA